ACGUGUCUCGAAUCUCGAUCUCUGACAAAAUCCCACUUCGAAAACCUCGGCAGAAACCCUUCAAUCGAAUUCAAUGGCGACCAGCUUCCUUUGGACGAUCGUCGCCCUAAUUUGCGCGGCUGCUGUCUGCUCGUCAGCGCUUGCAGAGUCGGGGAAUUCGCCCUUCAUCGUCGGCCACAAGCAGGUCUCGCAGCGCAAGGUUAAACCGGAUCUGGAGCGGUUAUUUGUCUCCAUCGACGUUUACAACACCGGAUCCGAAACUGCUUAUGAUGUGACUCUCACCGAUACUUGGGACAAAGAGAUUUUUGAUUCUGUUGUCGGGAACACAUCCAUGACAUGGGAAAGGCUUGAUUCUGGUUCUAAAGUGUCCCAUUCAUUUGAGUUGGAAUCUAAGGUGAAAACUGUCUACUAUGGAGCACCAGCUCUGAUCACUUUUCGAGUCCCCACCAAGUCAAAGCUACAGGAAUCCUACUCAACCCCAAUUCUCCCUGUGAAAAUCUUGGCUGAAGCUGCUGCUAAGAGCAAACUUGAAAUCGUAAUAUUCUUUUCACUUAUUUACUACUACAUAGCUUUUCAAUGUAUUCGACAUGAUAGUAACUGAAAUUUUCUUUUGGCUUGUUGCCCGGUGGUGGAUCCAAUUAUCUUGCCAUGUACGAUAACUUCAGGCAAAGAGUUUGUACACGAAGUACAGUCAACACGCCGCAGUGGCUAUCCUCGUCAUUCUUUUUGUGCAUAUCCUCACCGGCACUUCCAAAUCCGCAAGCGGGAAGAAGAAGAAGCAUUGAAAGCUCUCCUCUCCUCUCCUUUGACACCAUACUUAGGCAGGAUGAGUUUCGACGACUCGGUUAGACUUCACAUUUAGGAAAUUUUCAUUGUACUCUACUUAUACAUUUUUAUUGGGGUCUCGAAUUUCUCAAUAAAUUCACAGUAUAUUGAACAUUGCAAAUUUUCUUAAUUGCAAUUCUGCAUCCAUAUUUAGGUA